ACCUGUCUCUCUAAAAACAGAUAUGGAAGUGAAUUGCACAUUCGAUAUGUUAUACACUAAUACACAGAACAUUGAAUUAUAUUUUUGGUUUUUCUGUCUGUGAAGUUCUUAUUUUAUGAGAACUUUUCAGACUUCAAAUGGUAUCGAAAGAAUAUUCAGCAACAAUGUUUCAAUACCAUGAUACUGAAUUCAAGUGAAACCUGAUGUGAUUAUUUCUCAUACUUUUUCAGAUUAGCAGUAGCCAAAGAAGUCAUAAAAAUUAAUCACUGAAACUUUCAACUUACCUUAGAGUUUUCUAGAACUUCUACAAGUUUCGUUGUCUUUGGAUUCAAAAUGUCUUAUGUAUACUCAUGGAUCUUACAACUUUUGAUUGUCAUACUAACUUCAGGAAUUUUUAUCUGGAAAUAUAGCACAAGAAAAUUCGAUUAUUGGAAAAAACGAGGAGUAUUCAAUCCUCAGCCAGUCCCUUUUCUGGGAAAUCUUUCUGACAUUCUAUUUAUGAGGAAAAACCUCGCGGAUUUGAUAAAGACACUUUAUUCCACAACAGAUUUGCCGUACCUUGGAUUUUUUGCAUUUGAUGAACCCUAUCUGAUGGUUAGAUGUCCUAAACUGAUUCAACGCAUCCUAAUUAAAGAUUUUUCAUACUUUUCCGAUAGAAGCGUAGCUACACCUCCACAUGAUGAGAUUAUGGCGAGUUUCACAUUCUUACAAAAGAAUCCAGCUUGGAAAAGAACUAGAAACAAACUCACCCCUGUUUUCACAUCGGGUAAAAUUAAACGUAUGUUCACUUUUGUGAAUAGCGUGGGCGAGAAUUUAGUUGACUACUUACAGAAAAAUUUGGGAGAUAUCGAAGCAAAGGAAGUGGCGUCUAAAUAUUCGACAGAUGUCAUAGCAAAGUGUUGUUUCGGAAUUGAAUCCAAGUGCUUUGACGAUGAGGAUACAGAAUUUCGAAAAUUUGGGAGGAAUAUGUUUGAUUUCUCUUGGAGAAAUGCUUUUGCUUUCGUAAUUUAUUUUUUCAGACCACGGUGGGUGGGUACUUUUCGAGUUGAUUUUAUAAACCAAAGUUCUAUAAAAUUUUUUUGCCAAGUAUUCUCAGAAACCAUAAGCUACAGGAAGCUGAGCAAGAGGAAAAUGGGGGAUUUUGCGGAUUUGAUCAGUGACUUGAAGGAGGCUAGUCAGACACCCGAAUCAG